AUGAAUGAUAUAGAUGCUGGUAUGGCUGGUUAUGUCAGCGCGUCAUCGUGUAUCUGCUCGGUGUUCAUUGACGCCGGAGACAGCAAAAGAUGCAUGCCGUCACCGAUGGUGGUGGACCGUUGCUUCAUGUUUGGAUUUGUGGCGAGGAUUAGAAUGGAUCCAAUUUGCUGGAUUGUGGAUAUGUUGUUGAAUAUCUUUGUGAAUGUAUCUUUUCUAGUGUUGAUGUUAAAUAUAAAUGUCGUAAGUGGAUACAACCAGUUACAUAUCGGUGGAAUUUUUCCUAUUAACGGAAAAGGAGGCUGGCAAGGCGGUCAGGCAUGUAUGCCUGCUGCCAAGCUGGCUCUGCAGGAUGUCAAUGAGAAAGAAGAUCUGUUGCCUGGAUUUAACCUGACGCUGCACAGCAAUGAUAGUGAGUGUGAGCCCGGUCUUGGAGCCAGCGUUAUGUACAAUCUCCUGUACAAUGCUCCCCAGAAGCUGAUGCUUCUAGCAGGUUGCAGUACUGUAUGUACGACAGUUGCCGAAGCAGCGAAAAUGUGGAACCUAGUUGUGCUAUGUUACGGCGCAUCUAGUCCUGCCUUAUCAGAUAGAAGUAGAUUUCCUACAUUAUUUAGAACACAUCCAUCUGCCACUGUACAUAAUCCAACUAGAAUUAAACUAAUGCAGAAAUUUGGAUGGUCGCGUGUAGCGAUCCUUCAGCAAGCCGAAGAAGUGUUCAUAUCGACCGUCGAGGAUUUAGAGACUCGGUGUAAGGAAGCCGGCAUCGAGAUAGUGACAAGACAAUCAUUCCUUUCCGAUCCAACCGAUGCGGUGAGAAACCUCCGGAGACAAGAUGCCCGUGUCAUCGUCGGACUAUUUUACGUAGUCGCAGCCAGGCGGGUCCUGUGCGAAAUGUACAAACAGCAGCUUUACGGCAGAGCGUACGUGUGGUUUUUUAUCGGAUGGUACGAAGACAAUUGGUACGAAGUAAAUCUCAGGAACGAAAACAUUUCUUGCAGCAAAGAACAAAUGAGAAUUGCAGCACAGGGUCAUUUGACAACUGAAGCUCUCAUGUGGAAUCAAAACAAUCAGAAAACCAUCUCAGGAAUGUCAUCAGAAGACUUUCGAAAACGCUUAAACGACGCUCUGAUUGAGGAAGGAUACGAUAUCAGUCACAAUCGGUAUCCUGAGGGUUACCAAGAAGCGCCACUUGCCUACGAUGCUGUGUGGAGCGUGGCCUUAGCAUUUAAUAAGACUAUGCAAAAACUGAAAGAAAUAAACAUAGGAAAAAAUCUGAAAGAUUUUACCUACACCGAUAAGGAAAUAGCCAACACCAUUUAUGCGGCGAUGAACUCAACGCAAUUCCUCGGUGUAUCGGGAUGGGUUGCAUUCAGUUCCCAAGGUGACCGUAUUGCUUUGACGCAGAUCGAGCAGAUGAUAGAUGGCCAGUAUUACAAAUUAGGGUAUUAUGACACCCAAGCGGAUAAUCUUACCUGGUUCAACAUGGAAAAAUGGGAUGGUAGUAAGGUACCUCAAGACAGGACGAUUGUGCGGCGUGUAUUGAGGACCGUUUCAUUGCCACUGUUUAUCUGCAUGAGCACUGUCUCUAGCUGUGGUAUCGUUGUGGCAAUCGGGCUUAUCGUGUUUAACAUAUGGCAUCGGCACCGAAGAGUCAUACAAUCGUCACAUCCUGUAUGCAACACUAUUAUGCUGUUCGGCGUUAUCACCUGUCUAGUUUCAGUGAUAUUGCUUGGAAUUGAUGGACAAUUUGUUACUGCUGAGAACUAUCCUAAGAUAUGUCAAGCUCGAGCAUGGAUUUUAUCUACAGGGUUUACACUAGCUUACGGAGCAAUGUUCAGCAAAGUGUGGCGGGUGCAUCGAUUCACAACGAAAACAAAAACCGACCCCAAAAAAAAAGUUGAACCGUGGAAGCUCUACACGAUGGUAUCCGGUUUGUUAACAGUGGAUUUGGUAAUUCUGCUGACCUGGCAAAUUCAAGAUCCCUUACAGCGACGACUCGAAACGUUUCCCCUAGAGGAUCCUAUAUCCUCUAACGACGAUGUGAAAAUACGACCGGAGCUUGAGCAUUGCGAAAGCCACAACAACUCGGUCUGGCUUGGUGUUAUUUACGGCUUCAAAGGACUGAUACUGGUGUUCGGACUGUUCCUGGCUUAUGAAACUCGAUCGCUUAAGGUGAAGCAGAUCAACGACUCGCGAUAUGUUGGAAUGAGUAUUUAUAAUGUGGUGGUGCUUUGUUUGAUCACCGCGCCAGUUGCUAUGGUAAUCGCGUCGCAACAGGAUGCCUCUUUCGCAUUUGUCGCCCUCGCCGUUAUAUUUUGCUGUUUCCUCAGCAUGUUGCUCAUAUUUGUGCCAAAGGUAAUCGAAGUAUUACGACAUCCGAAGGAUAAAGCAGAAUCGAAAUUCAGCAACGAAAUCGGUAUCUCAAAGGAAGAUGAGGAACGAUACCAAAAGCUUGUAUCGGAAAACGAUGAUCUUCAGAAACUAAUAACUCAGAAAGAGGAUAAAAUUCGAAUACUAAAACAACGAUUAGCAGAAAAGGAAUCGUCAGCUAAAACCGGACAGACACAUUUCGGAGAUUCCCAUGCUGCAAACAAUGCUCAAUUAAACAACAACAAUCAAAUAAUGGUGACGGCGUCGGCGGGUGUCACACAAGGUAAGAAAUCAAUGGUGCUCUCGAUACAAGCCGAUCAUGCGACUACCUCGGACUUCGACAGUGCCAUUGGUGGUGGCUUGUCAAUAAACACACGUUCAUCGAAGACUAGUCAGUCAGAUAACGAUUUUUCAGAAAGUUACCUGUAG